CACUGUCGACCCAGCUAAACAUUGUAGCCUGUAUGCUAGUGACAGACCUUACAUUUAACACUGCCGGAUAAGGUUACCCGUUAAACGUUUGACUGAGUUUCAGCAGGUCGCUUUCACAGCGUGCUACACUUAAAUAUGGUGUAUAAAAUGUUUUCAUCAAAAGGAAACUAAGUUUUUUUUUGUGAUACGCCCUGAAGCUGUUCCCUCCGAACACCCCCGCCAUUCCGCCCGAAAGGAUAAGUUGUGUUUUCGUGAGAAUUGGCCACAAAUAUGACGUGUUCGCCUCUUCUGCGUUGUUUAUUCCUUGGAUUUAUCUGCUCGGUGUUUGCUCAAGUCCACCAAGUGACGGACGAGAACACCGGUCCAGCGUUUAUUCUUAACUCAGAUUUGUAUUUGUCGGGACUAGUGAAGAGUCAGGAUGGACUGUUUGGGAUUUUCCGAGCGGAAAACAGUGAGCUGGGUACUAACUUGGUGAUAUAUGUCGACUUUAACACACACGAGGUUGUUAUCCGGAUGCGCUCCAGAGACAGCCGAAGCUACAAGUUAACGUUUCCGGUUCAGGAACUACAACAGCGGGAGUCCUUCCGGUUGAUAAUUCAUUUAAGCAGAUUAGGAUCCACAUCAAAUGGUAUAGCAAUAUACAUCAACUGUGAACUUAUUGCGCAGGACAACACGGAAGUUCCGCUAACGGAGGGACUACUGGGAGAACCUACAGUCACGAAAGACGAUGCUUUCAAUCUGUAUACGAGCCCUUCUGUUGAGGCCGUCUUUGAUAACCAGGGGUGUGACGUCAUUCCAGACCGGAUACUCACACUGCCCACGCGUCCUGACACGGACAACAUUGCAAACGAGGUCCCGUUGCGCCCUCCGCCGGUUAACAGAAACUAUUACGAUGGGGAUGAUCGGUUAACACGUGACCGGAACAGUUACAAUGAAGUUCCUGUUGCAGUUCCGCAACCAGACUACCAUCAGUUCCAGACAUUGGCUACUACCAUGAGGGACUUGGGUUACACAGUCCGGCAGCUUCAGAGGGAGAUUCAAAUGCAGACGACGGAGACGAGGUACCUGCGCGAGACCUUGCGCCAAUGCAGCAUGUGUCGUGGCCCCACCACAGUAUUGUCGCAACAGGACAGGCGUAGAGAGCUUCCGCUUCCGCCAAAACGGACAUGCGCACUCAACCCUUGUUUCCGGGGUGUAAGAUGUGUGGAUUCACAGCGUGGUUUCCGGUGCGGCGCAUGUCCAAGGGGAUAUCUUGGGAAUGGCAUGCGUUGUGAACUUCCGCCUACCUGCGCAAUUAAACCAUGUUUCGAGGGUGUUACAUGUGAGGACACGCGUGCUGGUUACCAAUGUGGCCCGUGUCCCCCGGGCAUGACAGGGGACGGGAGGAGAGGUAGUUGCCGAGUAAUUAGGAUCGGUUGCGAAACUAAUCCCUGUUUCCGGGGAGUUGAUUGUGCGGACACACUCGAGGGAUUCCGAUGUGGUCCCUGCCCUCCUGGUAUGACCGGCGACGGACGGAGGAGUGGUUGUCACGUGACAAGGAUUGGAUGUGAAACCAGUCCUUGUUCCCCUGAAGUAGAGUGUGUGGACACGCUAGAAGGGUUCAACUGUGGUCCCUGCCCCCCGGGCACGACAGGGGACGGGUUGAAGGGUGGCUGUCAAGUGAUAAGGAUUGGAUGCGAAAUUGAUCCCUGUUACAACGGAGUAGAGUGUAUCGAUACACUUGAAGGGUUCGUCUGUGGUCCCUGCCCCCCGGGCACGACAGGGAACGGGUUGAAGGAUGGUUGUCAAGUGAUAAGGAUUGGAUGCGAAAUUGAUCCCUGUUACAACGGAGUAGAGUGUAUCGAUACACUUGAAGGUUUCAUAUGUGGUCCCUGCCCCCCGGGCAUGACAGGGGACGGGUUGAAGGGUGGUUGUCAAGUGAUAAGGAUUGGAUGCGAAAUUGAUCCCUGUUACAACGGAGUAGAGUGUAUCGAUACACUUGAAGGGUUCGACUGUGGUCCCUGCCCCCCGGGCAUGACAGGGGACGGGUUGAAGGGUGGUGGUCAAGUGAUAAGGAUUGGAUGCGAAACUGAUCCCUGUUACAACGGAGUAGAGUGUAUCGAUACACUUGAAGGGUUUGUUUGUGGUCCCUGCCCCCCGGGCAUGACAGGUGACGGAUUAAGCGACGGCUGUGUAAUCGUAAGGAUCGGAUGUAACGUUAGCCCCUGUUUCCCGGGGGUCAAAUGCACCGAUACAGAUGAGGGGUUCCUAUGCGGACAUUGUCCCAUUGGUUUUCAAGGCAACGGUACAGUCUGUACCAAUGUCAAUGAGUGUGAACACCACAACCCGUGUUCAGAUCUAGCGGAAUGUAUCGAUACGGUCCCUGGCUUCCGGUGUUCCGAUUGUCCGGCAGGUUACAUCGGAAAUGACGUAGGGGGCUUUGGUGUGGAAAUGGCACAGAACCAGACACAGGUGUGUGAGGACAUAGACGAAUGUGUCACCCUAGACGAGAUGACCGGUGGAUGUACAGAACACUCUGUCUGUGUCAACACUGUGGGAAGUUUUGUAUGUGGAGAUUGUGACGAUGGCUUCAUUGGAAAUCAAACAUUUGGAUGCCGAAAAUUAGGAACACAGUGCCCAGAUGGGAUUUCCGAAUGUGACAUUAAUGCGCGGUGUAUCCUGCGCAGAGGGAUAAAAGGAUUCGUUUGUCAGUGCGGUAUCGGGUAUGCGGGUGACGGGUUUGUAUGCGGGAAGGAUACAGAUGUCGACAGCUGGCCUGAUAAGACGAUUGCCUGUACGGGCGGCAGGUGUAAGCGGGACAACUGCCCGUUGACCCCAAACAGUGGUCAAGAGGACACGGACUCGGACGGUAUCGGCGAUGCAUGCGACGACGACAUAGACAAUGAUGGCAUCAUCAAUUCUCCGGACAACUGCCCGUACGUAUCGAACCCCAACCAGGCUGAUGACGAUACCUCGGACAUACAAGGGGACGCGUGCGACAACUGUCCGCGCGUCCCUAACGCCGACCAGAUGGACACUGACGGGGACGGUAUCGGCGACAUAUGUGACCCGGACAAGGACAAUGACGGGGUAUUCAAUCAAGACGACAACUGCGAGCUAGUGGGGAACCCGGAUCAACUGGACACGGACGGGGACAAGUACGGGGACGCCUGCGACAACUGUCCAUUGGUCCCUAACAUGGAUCAGAUUGAUUCCGACAACGACCUCAUUGGCGACCUGUGUGACACCAACGCGGACGAUGACCAGGAUGGUGUGCAAAAUACCGACGAUAACUGCCCGGAUAUAGCCAACUCGGAUCAGACAGACACGGACGGGGACGGCAAAGGAAAUUCGUGCGACGACGAUGACGACAAUGAUGACGUACUUGAUGAAGAAGAUAAUUGCCCCCUGGUGGCCAAUCCUGACCAGACUGAUACGGACGACGACUUCAUCGGAGACGCGUGUCAGUAUGAUAGUGAUGGCGAUGGGUACCCAGAUGCAGAAGAUGUCUGCCCAGACAAUGGACAGAUCCAUUCAACCGACUUCCGGGCCUUCCAUACUAUUAUUUUGGACCCCGUGGGAGACUCACAGAUAGACCCAAACUGGGUCAUCCUCAACGAGGGAGCUGAGAUAGUCCAGACCAUGAACAGUGAUCCUGGCAUAGCCGUCAGUUAUACAAAAUUUAGCGGAGUCGACUUCAGUGGAACAUUUUUCAUCAACUCGGAGGUAGACGACGACUACGCCGGAUUCAUAUUCAGUUACCAAGACAACGCCCACUUCUAUGUUGUUAUGUGGAAGAAAGCUACCCAGACUUACUGGCAUCCGACGCCGUUCAGGGCGGUAGCCGAGCCGGGUAUACAACUAAAACUCGUCAAAUCGGAGACGGGGCCGGGUGAAAUUCUCCGUAACGCCCUCUGGCACACUGGCGAUACCAAAGGACAGGUGAAGCUGCUCUGGGUUGACCCCCGUAACAUCGGAUGGAAGGAAAAAACCGCCUAUCGAUGGGAACUUAUACAUCGUCCGGAAAUCGGACUUAUUCGGGUCUUGUUCUUUGAGGAGGCGAGUCUGGUGGCCGACUCCGGAAAUAUAUUUGACAACACCUUGCGUGGGGGCAAGCUCGGAGUGUUCUGUUUCUCACAGGAAAUGGUCAUCUGGUCAGACUUGGUGUACCGGUGUAACGAGUAUGUACCGGAUGCACUGCUGAAUGAGGGGGCGGAUCCGCUGGAACCGGGGACAGAUCUGGACGAGGAACUCAAAAAGGCAAACUCAUAAAGAGGAAGAGGCUGCCGGUUCACCAUUUGAUGUUUGAAACAGCUGGUUAUAGGAUUAUAGGAACAUAAAGACACGGCCUUCAACUGGAAACGGAUGUGUGAUGAAUUCAGUAUGUUGGCCUAAGGGGAUGGCUGUUUAAUUCACUGAAUUCAUGAUUUGCAGAUAAACUUUCGACUGUCUGAUUAUGAUCGACAGAUAAGAAGGCGAAUUCAGUUUCACGUGUAUAUAUCUGUUAUCUUAAUUGUUUGUAUAUACAUGCAUUAUGAAAAGUUCAAUUUACUUUUUUGAGACAAACAUCUGUUGAUAUGAUAAACAGGAAAUACUGCUUUUGUAAUCGUGACUGGUUUAUAAUAUACAGUGUAACAAUGGUAAUGCCUCCUCGUGCAUUACAUCUGUGAUUUAUGUUAAGGAUGUAUGCUACCUUACAUAUUAUACCUGUGAUUUGUGUUAAGGAUGUAUGCUACCUUACAUAUUAUACCUGUGAUUUAUGUUAAAGUUAAGGCUAUAUGCUACGUGUACAAUGCACCUACACAUUGUAUCUUCGAUUUAUGUUUUUAAAAAAUAGCAUCACCUUAUAAUUAAGAAUUGCACGAGAUUUAUCCAUGCAUCCUAAUGCACCUUCCAAACAGGUGUUCAGGUCACUAAACAUACCUCCUAAACACGGUGACGUUUUCUGUGUCUAGAACGUAUGGUCAAUAUGUGUGCUUCUUCAUCAAAAACCCAAGGAAUUUAAGCCAUACACGGGACAAACGGAGGUGAUUGUAUUAUUACCAUUGUGACUAUUUUUUUUUACAUGUGUACUUAAGACUAAUCUGAGGUUCAAUGACACAUUUGUGUCUGUAUCCAUCUAAAUAAAAGUAUAAUGUGUUGAUUAAGGUCAGCUCAGUACAUGUCGCUGCGGAGGUGUGUACAGUGCAUACAUCACCUUGCACCUUUAACAGACCUGGGAAAACUAACUUAAACUGCCGAAAAGGACAAUACGCCGACGACAUGUUUAUUAAUUGUUGUGACGUGAUAGAAUAAUGUUUAUUAUGUUUUUUAGUGUAUUACAAAUGUAUAAAUGUUGCAUGAUAUAAAUAAAUCCGUCAUUU